GACAUCGAGCACUGCUACUAUCACGGAACCGUUCAGGACUACCCAGGAGCCACGGCAGCCUUCCAUACGUGUAACGGAGUCAGUGGGGUCAUCCACGUGGGGAACGAAACCUUCGUUAUACACCCGUUCUACGGGGGAGACCUUUCGAAACAUCCACAUGUGAUAUUCGAAGCUAGGACGAAAGCAAAUAAGGGAUGUGCAAAUUCCGGCAGCAUGGAGUGGAGGCUCAACACGCACUCGGGCUUCCUUCCCCAUACCAACCUCAAAAUUAAGAGGGAUGUUAGGGAAGCAACGAAAUACAUUGAAACCGCCCUGGUGAUAGAUAAGGCCAUGUUCGAGAAGAGGAACGGCAGCACGCGGAUAGACGUCGUUCAUGAUUCGAUACAAGUUGCCAAUAUCGCAGAUUUAUAUUUUAGAACUUUGAAUACCAGGGUAUCCGUAGUUUAUAUCGAAACUUGGCAGGGGGGAAACCAGGCCCAGAUAGACCGCAACGAAGACAUCGGCAAAGCCCUCUCCAACUUCAACGAUUACUCGGCGAGGAAGCUGUUCAAAAUCGACAAGGACACGACCCAGCUCCUUACCGGGGAGGUUUUUGUGGGAGGCGAAGCCGGAAUGGCCGUCCCGGCCACCGUAUGCACUGCGAAAUCCGUGGGGAUUAGCGUGGAUAUUAACACGUACGAGCCUCACUUACUGGCCGGGACAAUGGCUCAUAUGAUCGGACACAAUAUCGGGAUGGGGCACGACGACGGCAGGGAAGAGUGCUUUUGCAGGGACUGGCACGGCUGCAUCAUGGCCCAGGCGAUUGUCGGGCUGGACAAUGUGCAGCCUUACAAGUUCUCCGAGUGUAGCAGAUCGGAUUAUAUUGAUAGAUUAAGGACGGGGAAUGGAAUAUGCCUGCUGAAUAAGCCUAAUGAACUGGAGGUGAGACGAACCUGCGGUAAUAGCGUAGUAGAAGAGGGCGAGGACUGUGAUUGCGGCAGCAUCGACAACUGCCACAAGGUGGAUCCCUGCUGUGAUCCGAUCACUUGCAAGUUGACCAAGGAAGCCCAAUGUGCAUCGGGGCCGUGUUGCGAAGACUGUCAGCUGAAGGAAAAAGGGGUCGUGUGCAGAGAAGCCAAUAACGAAUGCGAUCUGCCGGAACAGUGCUCCGGGGAUACAGGAGAGUGUCCGUCUGACAUAUUUAAGAAGAACGGCAGCCCAUGCGGAAAGGGCACUGGAUAUUGUUUCAACGGAGUUUGUCCGACGUUGACACUGCAGUGUGAGCAAAUAUGGGGAUACGGAGGUAUAGCUGCAGACGAUCAAUGUUUCGAGCAAUUCAAUUCGAAAGGUUCGAUAAACGGCCACUGUGGCAGCGACACCAGCGGCAGAUUUCUAAAAUGCUCCCCUGAAAACGUGAAAUGCGGGUCCUUACAAUGUCAACUGGGAAAUCGGUACCCCGUCGUCGCGGGUCUCGAUCAGCCCCAGGACCAUUCCAGGACAAUUAUUUCGAUUAAAGGACACGAGUACGAAUGCAAAUCUAUUCACAGGACCACAACAGGGAAAAAGGGUAAAACUGAAGAGAAAGAUUCAGAUCUGCCGCAUUUGGGUCUAGUUAGAGACGGGACACCUUGUGGGGAAAACCUUAUAUGCCUUAAUCAAACCUGCACAAGCAUUUUUCCACAUAUUAUUCAAGAAAAAUGUCCAUCAAAUGAUGCCAACAGUGAAUGUUCUGACCAUGGGUAUUGUACGAAUCAAAACAGGUGCUUCUGCGAGAUGGGUUGGACAGGAACAGAUUGCUCAAUCCAGAUGGAAAUGACUCCACCACCUCCACUGCCAACGCCGCCCCCCGGCAUACCUAAAGAUAACAUAACUCUCUAUAUGAAAAAGAAAGAAACCCACUACGAGGACUAUCACGGGUCGAACACGAUAUUUCUCGUGGGUACUCUCAUGUCGGUGGUAGGGGGUGUGUUCGUUGUGUUUGCAACUAUGGCCCUUUGCUACAGGUCAGUCGUAGUACACAAAAACUUCUCGCUCUGUCUCAGGAAGACGACGGUUAGCAAAUAUGAGAAAGCUUACAAAAAACCUAUCCCGAAAAACUACAUCCUCACCACAGGCAAUCAUUCUCAAGAGGACAGUUUAGAUAAUGCUAACAAGAUACUAACGCUUGGUCCUGGAAGUGUUUCAUCGUUUGGCCGAGCAGACUCCCAAAGGGUGCUGUUUCGACCAUCCAACCACAUGGGAUCUGGAGGACCCUCGCAUUUCCAGGAACAUAAAAUGCAGCAACUCAAAAGGAUGGGAGUGGGUUCGGCUAGUGAGGACGAUCAAGGACAUUCAGGCGAAGAAGAAUCGGUUUCUUUCAUCGACCUCCAGCACAACAACCUUAAGCUUCCCGAGAAGAAGGGAAUCCUGAAAAAGCACGACUAUGGAAUGAUGAUGGGUGACGGUAAGGACAGUUGGGGGGACGGAGCUCAAGCGGACGACAUUAUGAGCCAGGCGGAAGCCAGCAUGGCCCAACUAAUCAGUGGUUCUGGACCCUCUGAGGUCGAGCGAACUCUCAAGACCCUCAACGGCUACCACGAGGAUAUCCUGAAAGCUUUAAGGAACGCCGCGUCGCACAGAGGCACGUCCACGCCAUCUGGUAGCAGCAGCGUUCUUAGCGAGGAACUUUUGCGAAGAAGUUUGGCACAAUGCGCUGAAAGUUACUCGGAUUAUAAAAGAAGCGGGAGCAAAGAGAAUGUGUGCGAGCAGCAGGUGGUGAUAGAACACGAAGAUGAAGACGAAGACGAAGUGCCGCCUUGUGGACCAAUUCGAAUUCGCAACCUAGAGGACCUGAUCCGACAAUUGGAGCACCAUUCCAGGCAUAUGAGCCCCAGCGGUUCUGAAGAUAUCAGAAUGUCCGAAACCGAAGCAGAUCGCCACUAUCGACAAGAAUCCUCCUCGGCCUGCAGCGAAAGCUCUCACCAAUCUCAUAGAGACUCUCGGUUUGUCUAUGGACGGUACAGACAACCUCCAGGACGAUUGCCCUACCCUCAUCCACAUUCACACCACCAGGCUGAGGAGGAAAGCAUCUACGAGAGCGCCGAUCAUGACAGAGGGGCGCCAUGUGGUGAUACACCUGACAGCGAAAGUGAUGAAUUUAUUCAAGCUCAACAGCAGCUAGCCCGGUGGGCCAGUGAGGACGCCGUGGGACAGGCGAGCACCAGCGGCGGAGGCGGCGGCGUCGUGCCCCGGGAAUAUUUUCCAUCGCCAAGCAGUUCCACAAGCGAGGAGCCACCCAGCAUCGCCAGAGCGCCUGUCCCAACACCGGGCCACCUCCCUACAGGUCACCCGCAUCCCGACCACGCGACCAUCCACCGGCCCAAGCGAUAUCCUGAGUAUAAACACUGA